CAUUUUCUUCCUCCUGCCAACGCCACCAACGGCCACAAUGAACCGCACCCUUGAAUACCCCAUUGUCUCAACGCUCCAAUACUGGCUAGUGAACCACCCUAAAAUCCUUCAUUUCUCAUGGAACCACGGCGGAACCAUAGGCUCCUCCCCACUGUUCCUCUCCCUCACCGUUCUAUCCUAUCUCUUCUUUACUUGCCUCCUGUCACAAGAACUAUCUCGCCGUUCUCCACUUCCCCGCCGCCUCAUCAAAUCCAUCGCCGCCAUCUACAACAUCACCAUCCUCACCCUCAGCCUCACCAUGGCCGUUGGAUGCUCCCUCUCAGUUUUCUCCUAUUCCCCCAACUUCCAAUACCUUAUUUGUUUCCCUAAAUCCACCACCUCCACUGGUCCUCUGUUUUUCUGGGCCUACAUGUUCUACCUCUCCAAGAUCGUGGAAUUCAUGGACACCCUUUUAAUCAUCAUGAGCAACUCCGUCAAACGCUUGACCUUCCUCCAUGUCUACCACCACACCAUGGUCGUGACCAUGUGCUACAUUUGCUUAAGUAGUGUGCAAUCUUCCUUCCCCAUGGUCCUAGUUACCAAUUGCCUAGUACAUGUGUUAAUGUACACAUACUACUUGUUAACUUCACUAGGGGUCCGCCCCUGGUGGAAGAGAUUGGUGACAGAUUGCCAGCUUCUGCAGUUCUGGUCGAGCUUCGGCAUCCUGGCUCUGCUUCUCUACUUCCAUUUCACCGGACCAGGGUGCUCCGGCAUAUGGAGUUGGUGCUUCAACAUGUGCUUCAUUAGCACCCUUCUGGUCUUAUUCACUGAUUUCCAUAGAAAGAGUUAUUCUCCCAAGAUCAAGAGUAUUUGAUUAAUUCAAGAUUGCAUUUUUUAUUUUUAAAAAAUUUUCAAGGAUUCAAUGGGCGUUCUUAGCUACGGCUGCAUUGAAUACAAAUGCAUGUUCCUC